AUGACUUCCGACUUUGACUUUAAAGUGAAAAAUAAUGUAUUCGAUGCUCAGUUGCUGGUGGGCCAAUCCUGUGUAGCACCUUUCAAAUGCAAGAAUGAUAAGAGCAGCGAAAGAGGUAUCGAUGGGUAUAGUGAGCAGCUGUUAGCUAUUUCGAGGAGAGAUUUGCAAGUAAUAUCCCAGCAUCAAUUUCCAUAUAUUCCACUCCGCGAUUUGACUUGA